AAGAUUGUUUGGUUUCUCCAGUUAAGUUAAUGAAUUGAAGGUGUAAAUAUCGCAGUACCACGCGAACUUGUGACAGUAAGUGAAUGGUUUUUCUUUUUACUCUAAAAUGCCAUGGACACUCAGAAUGUUGAAUACUGUUGUGGUGUCUUUUUUUAAAAUAUCAACAAGUGUUAUAAUUUCUGUGCGAUGUGUUGAAAUCGACUACUGCUCACUCUCGUGCUACGGCAUCAGCCACACGAUGUGCGACUACCCAGCAGGAGGAGGACCAGGUUGUAACAUUUACACAAGAGGUUUGUUUGAGGAAGAACAAGAGAUGAUACUAGACCUGCACAAUUACCUAAGACAAAAAGUAGCGACCGGUAAUGAAUUUCGAGGGGAGCAACCUUCCAGUAGUGACAUGCUGGAGAUGUUCUGGAGUCCAGAGGCUGCCAUGAUAGCGCAGCGAUGGGCAGAUCAGUGCACAUCCUUCGGGCACGACUCCUGCAGGAGGACCAUGGAAGAAGAACACGUAGGGCAGAACAUAGGAUGGCUGAGUGGUUAUGGUGAUCCGAGGGAAGCAAAAAGUAGAGCAGACGCUAUAAAAUACUUUAUAACAGAGUGGUACGAUGAGGUAGAAAACUACAGAGGUGAUGUGGAUCUUUUUGAUCCAAACUUGGAAGAGCUACAGAAGAUUGGCCAUUACACACAAAUUGUUUGGGCACGAUCGGCUGGAGUCGGGUGUGGAUUCUUAGAGUUCACAGAUGCAACUGAGUACGAAUACAGGAUAGUGUGUAACUACGUCCCGGGAGGUAAUUACAGAUCGAUGAAAGUUUACUCAAGAGGAGCACCGUGUUCUAGAUGUCCAUCAAACUCAACAUGCAGUCGAAGAUGGCCUGGACUUUGUUCGAUGACCAAUGCGGAGUAUGAUGACGGAAAUAUUGAACUUGACGAAGAUCUUAGUGUUGAACCUGAAGUGACUACCAAACUCACAGACACGUACAACAGAAGCGUGACUUUCCGAACACCAGAAGAGAGUUUGGAACCUCAGCAUGUUUUUGUAAAGGAAUCAGCAGAUGAGAACAAGAAAAAUCUUCUUGAAAAUGCUACGAAUAACUCAAAUGCCAGCGUUACAGUUGAAAUUCCCUCGGAAAAUCAAGAAGGAGGCAAUGGUAACUACAAUAAAAGCAAUAUCCUCCAGAAAAAUUUAGCAUUGACUUUAAAUUUAGAUAUGUUUUUAGUAAUGCACUGUUUUAUUGUUUAUUGCAUUAUUUUUUUGUAAUUUUUAAACGAACUUUCCAUGUAAAAUAUGUCAGUUGUUUUACAGUGGCU